ACAUAUAUAGUCAUCUGAAAAACACCAGAUUAUAGCUUAAUUACAAAUAAAAAUAAACAACAAAUUCCAGUGGCUAGUUCUUAAAUCAAACACUAAUAUAAACAACGAGUAUAAACAGUGAAAAGAAUUUUUUCUCCAAAAAAAACUGAUAACCCAGCAAACUUUUACGUUUUUUUUUGUUUUUUGCUUAAAAGAAGAAACAAUAUAAACAAGAGAUAAAAGCUCUAUAUUUCUGUGUUAUUGUUGUCUUAUGAGAAACAGUGACUGGUUCGCAGACAAAAAACUGAUGGUAAUUUUCUGUGUGUUUUUUUGCGUGUGCCCUCGUUGACACACAUAUCUACGCAUGUCGUCAUCAGCUCGGGCCAUUACCUGCUACGAAUGCGAUUCCGUCAAUAAUCCAGGGUGUGGGGAGAAUUUCGCGGGCGAUGACAUAGCCACGUCGGAUUGCGAGGCGGUGGCGGACAUGCGAGCGCCCGGAAUGGAGUCCUCGUGUUUGACCAAGUAUUACGGCGGAACAGUGCCCGGAGAAAUGUUGUUUAUGAGACGUUCCUGUUACUUUGAUGAAUCCUCGCCCGUGGAAGUCAAUUGCGAUGAGACUCCAGAUCCCGUAGUGCCCUAUCUGAACUUCCUAGGAUGCAAGGUCUGCAACACGGAUCUGUGCAAUGCGGCAGGCAAAGGGGCUACCCUUUCUAUAGUAGCCAUGAUUUUCGUGUUUGGAAUGCUUUUUUCAAACUAUAAUUAUUGAAGAGCAUCCUUUGUAUUCUACCAUCUAAUAUUAUUAUACUCGAAACCCGUAUCCUAAUUGGAAAAGCACGUCAAGUCCAUGUAUCCUAAAACAAAAAUGUUAUAACAGCAUUGAGAUAUUUUUAUAAUUUUUUAUUUUAUUUGAUCUUGUUUCCAUUGAUUUUUAUACAUCCACUAAAAUGAUUUAACAUACAUAUAUCUUUAUAUAAUAUAAUUAUUCUUGUUUGAUUUAAUAUAAUUUAUUAUCGAAUAAAAUUUACUCGUCUCCUACAUAAUCGGCGUGUGUGUUUACGUGUACGUGUACGUAUGUAUUGUAAUCAGGAUUUAUGUAUUACAAAAUAUAUGCAUAAAUUAAAUAAAAAUAACAUCUCAAAAUCGACA